GGAGCUUUUGGGUAAAAUAUCACACUUGGUUUCACUAUGCGCUCGUAAAACAGUUCCGUCUACUACAAUCGCGGCGGUGCAGGUGCUCUGUCUCUUCGGGAGAGGAUGCGGACGGAAGGACGGGGGAGGGAAGGGAUGAAGGGAAUCGCCGAGAGGAAAGUGCAUAGAAUAUGAAUAAAAAGGCAUCGAUAAGAGCGCGCGCUGUGCAAUGUCGAAUAUGAAAGAUUCGUUGAACGGGGCACUUUGCGUGGUAAUAGCUGGUCGGCAAUAGUACUAUGAUUUGGUAUGUGGCCACUUUGAUAGCAAGUGUUUUCAGCACCAGAGGAACGGCCGCUCAAGUUGCCCACGGAGUGAGAGAGGAGCCCCAGUUUGUGACGGCGCGCGCUGGAGAGAGCGUGAUCCUGGGAUGUGACGUGUCCCCUCCCCUGGACGGCCAGCAGCCCCCCUACGUGGUGGAGUGGUUCAAGUUCGGAGUGCCAAUCCCCUUCUUCAUCAGCUUCCGCUUCCACCCUCCUCAUGUCGACCCAGAGUACACCGGUAGAGCCAGCCUGCAUGGGAAGGCAUCUCUUCAGAUCGACCCAGUGCGCUCAGAAGACCAGGGCUGGUACGAGUGUAGGGUCCUCAUGUUGGAGCAGCAGUACAACACCUUCCACAAUGGCAGCUGGGUGCAGCUCACAGUCAAUGCCCCUCCCACUUUUACGACCACGCCCCCACAGUAUGUGGAGGCCAAGGAGGGGGGCAGCACACUGCUGACAUGCUCCGCCCAGGGAAACCCCAAACCCAUGAUCAGCUGGCUGAGGGAGGGGGAGGAGCUUGCAACCAGUGGAAAAUACAAGGUGCAUGAUGGGAGUCUGACGGUGUUGGGGAUCACUCGGGACGACAGAGGGGCGUAUACGUGUCGAGCCUUCAGCGACCAGGGAGAGGUACUCCACACCACCCGUCUGCUGGUCCAAGGGCCACCGUAUAUUAAGUCACCGCCAGAGAACAUCACUGUCAACAUAUCCCAGAAUGCUCGCUUCACCUGUCAAGCAGAGGCGUAUCCAGGCAACCUGACCUACACCUGGUUUUGGGAGGAAGAUAACGUCUACUUCACUAAGAAUGACCUGAAAAACCGAGUACGCAUCCUCAUCGACGGAACCCUCCACAUCUUCCGGGUGAAACCAGAGGAUGCUGGGAAAUACACCUGCAGCCCAAGCAACAGCCUCGGAACUCCACCGUCAGCAUCCGCACACCUCUCUGUUCAGUACCCUGCUCGCGUGCUCAACAUGCCCUCCAUCAUAUACGUCCCACGGAAACUGCCAGGGAUCAUCCGCUGCCCAGCGGACGCCAACCCGCCGGUGAUAUCAGUGAAGUGGGAGAAAGAUGGCUACCCUCUCAGAGUGGAGAAGUACCCUGGAUGGAGCCAGGCACCGGAUGGGAGUAUCCGGGUGGCGGAGGCCACAGAAGACUCCCUCGGCACCUACACCUGUAUGCCUUUCAACGCCCUGGGUACUAAGGGCCAGUCUGACCCGGCCAUUCUGGUGCUAAAGGAUCCCCCCUACUUUAACGUGAGGCCUGGUGGGGAGUACCGCCAAGAGGCUGGUAGAGAGCUGGUCAUCCCCUGUGCUGCCUCGGGAGACCCUGAGAUACCAACCAUCACCUGGAGGAAGGUGGGGAAGCCCAGCAAGAGUAAGCACACCAUCCUUUCCAGCGGCAGCUUACAGUUCCUGUCCCUCAGCAAGGAGGAUCAUGGGGAAUGGGAGUGUGUGGCCACCAAUGUGGUCACCAGCAUCACUGCCAGCACGCGCCUCCUCGUCAUUGGCACCAGCCCACAUGCUCCAGGCAGCAUUCGUGUGUUGCCCUCGGUGACCUCGGCCAACGUGUCCUGGGAGCCGGGUUAUGACGGAGGCUUUGAUCAGACAUUCUCAGUGUGGUACGGCCCAGUGUUGAAAAAGGAGAAUUUUGGCCCCCAUGACUGGCACUCCAUGCCGGUGUCGGGGUCUCAGACGUGGUUGGUGGUGCCGGGGCUGGAGCCCAGGACAGAGUAUCAGUUCAGCGUCCUGGCACAGAACAAGCUGGGCACAGGCCCUUUCAGCGAGGUCGUGACGGUUAACACAGUAGUGUCUCCCCUGAGUACCCCUGAACCACAGGUGCUUCUUACUCCACCACGGUGCCUCACAGCCAAUCGCACACAGCACGGCGUCCUGCUAACAUGGCUCCCGCCAGCCAACCACACCUCGCCUGUCGACCGCUACAUCAUGGAGUUCCGUCUCGGAGAGAGGUGGGAGGUCCUCGACGAUCUAAUCCCUGCCGCUGAGACUGAGCUGAUGGCCAGGGACCUAGUCCAGGAGUCCUGGUAUGAGUUCAGAGUCAUGGCCGUCAUGGAUGACCUCAUCAGUGACAGCAGUAAUGUGGUGGGAGUGUCCAGCACAGAUCCCUUCCCCCCUACGGAGGUGACUGAAGAGGGGUUGGCGAGGCCCGUGGUAGCGGGCGUCGUGGCAACCAUCUGCUUUCUAGCGGCUGCGGUGCUCUUCAGUACUCUAGCAGCCUGCUUCGUCAACAAACAGCACCGACGAAAACUCAAACGCAAACCAGACCCUCCCCUGUCUGUAACACACUUCAGGAAAAGCAUUGACUCACCGCCUCCUCUCACCCCCUUGCCCGGGGUAGAGCCCUGCUGGGACGUGCCAGCCAGGAGCAGCUACAUGCCCCCACCAGCCAGCUCCCUGCUGUCCUCUGGGAAGAUCAGUCCAGAGAGCUCCCCUCCCGCCUCGCGGCCCCAAUCCCUGUCCUCAGAUGGGGCCCACGGUCCGGGUCUGUACGUCAGGAGGCUGCCAAGCCCUCAGAGAGACAAGGACAAAGAGCUCUCCUUCUACAAGAAAACCAAGCGUGCCAUAGCCAGCAAGAAGUACAGCGUGUCCAAGCACGAGUCAGAGGUCACCAGCCCCAUCGAGCUGAUCAGCCGCGGUCCCGAUGGUCGUUUCAGCAUGGCCAGCCCGCCAUCAGCCCACCGCCGCAUCCAGGGCUUCCCAUUCGCAGAGGAAUCCGACAUGUAUCCUGAGUUCCGGCAGUCGGACGAGGAGAAUGACUUUGACCCCGGGCCCCUGCCCCCGAUCAUGGCCACGCUCCGACCACAGCUCUCCCCAACAACCUCCAGUCUGGAGUCCACGCAGCCCCCCAACUACAGCCCCCGCCUCCACAGGCCCAUGGAAGGUAUGAGCUUUGUGGAGGGCAGUGGGCAUCAUGCUGCAGGGCAGGCCCCAGCCUCCCGCUACAGGGAUUUUCCACAGGUCCCUUUCUAUGGGUAUCUAGGCAGCCGCGGGGAAUCGGGUAUACCACCACCUUUUUACAUGCCUGACAUCAGUCCCCGUAGUUCCACUCUAUCCUCCCCCCCAGGCACUGCUGACGGGGGGCCCUACGGCUAUCCCUCCAUCCCAGAGGAGAGGGAAGAGAUGGAACUCCAUCAUCAGUACACUGCCUCUGGCCAUUCCCUACCACAUACACACAGUACUCCCCCUCGCUCCCCUCGCUCACCUGACAGCUGGCAGCCUCACGAGUUCCCCUUCCUGGGUCUGGAGGGGCCCCACUUCAUUUAUCCACCUCACCACCCCUUACAUCAUCACCAGGACCUUCCCGAUCCUCCACCGUACCCCCCUCUCCACUCUCUCCCCCCCAGCCGCCUGCACCUCCCCAGCCCUCGGCUCCUGCAGCUGGAGGUCCCAAUGGCUCCACAGAGCAGGGACCGACCCCCAGGCCCCCCAGCUAGGCACUUAGCUAUGCAACAGGCCCAGAGUCUCGGCCAGCUCAGACACACGUCCCAUGGUGUGGGUGUACCAGUGUUGCCUUACCCUGACCCGGCAGCCCGUGAAGGGAGCCCAAGCACAGCCCGUAGCAGCAGCCCCCAGUCCUGGCUCAGCCCGAGGUCAGGGCGUAGGACAGACCCCUCCCUGCCCCCGCUGGUCCUCCAGCCCUCCCGCCUCUCCCCCCUCUCCCAGAGCCCUCUUAGCACCCAGCCAGGUUCUCCAGAUAUUCUAGUCCGCCCCCCGCCCCGCCCCAGCAUCCUCCGCACAUCCCACUCUCUGGAGAUGCCUGAGAUCACCCUGCACCCCCAAGCCACUGUCAGUUUCUCCCGAAGGUCCUCCCUGGCCACCUCCCCCACACAGGGCCAGCAGGGAAGCCGCAGGCCCAGCCCCAGUUACCGUGCCCACAUGUCCUAUGCCUCCACCGCAGCCAGUUAUCCCUCCCAGUCCCCCUCUCCCCCUUUGGAGGGCAGGGAUGUGUUCGGGCAGUGGCCGUCCCAGAGAAGGACAGAGGAGGAGAUGCUGCCCUCAGAGCCCUCCCAGCUCCAGAUAUCCGCCUCAGGCUAUCUGGGCAGCGUUGUUGUGAGACGGUCCCCUACGCCGCAAUAGUGAUGAUGGACAACACCUCUAAACCUUUGUGUUCCUACAGUAUGCCUUUUGAAACAAUAUGUUUUGGCAGAAUCACUUGACUUUAGAUAUCGUCAAGUUAGGUUUUGAAGCAGGUGUAUUCAAUCCAUUAAAUGGCAACAAACAUUUAAUCUCAUGAACCUGAAUGUAAAUGUUUGGUGUUCAUGAGGUUAAUUUGGGUCUUAGUAUCAUUACUUGCAUCUUUCUAUGAUGGACUGCAAAACAAGAGUAUUCAUUAUGAGGGAACCUCUAGGUGCGUCUUGUGAUCCUGCCGGGUCUGAGAGCUUACAAACACUGCUACACCACUGUAUUACUAAAGCCAAGAGAGUGGCUGCCAACACCAAUAACAACUCCACUUCCAGGAGAAGAACAGGUGUGUCUCCCUCUCAGACCCAGCAGCAUUCCCAGACUACCCCGGCUCACAGAGAAGAUCUCUACCUGCACAGGAAGAGGAAAAGGCAGAACAGGAAGAGCCCGUAUCUCUUUUUGUCCUCCCUCCUGCGCCGCAGCAGACGCUCUGAGGAGGACCAGGCGGCCAUCCUGGCCAGUACAGACUCAGACGGGCCCAACUACGGGACCCUACACUGACCACUGACCAGUAUGUCCACUGCUGUCACUCACAGACAGCCCACGCCAUGGGACGUGACUACAUUGACCCACCAACCUAGAUCUCCCUAUAACUCCCAUACACUGAUGAUGAUAAUCAUAUGAUUAAUUCCAUUUAGCCUUUGGUAGUGGAUAACCUGUCUCUAGCAUUUUUCUAAUAAUUUAGAAACAAAAUAAAGAUGUUUUCCAUGUCUCCCUGAGGAUAAUGUAGUGAGGGUCACCAGAUAAAACAUCUGUAAUGUAAAUAAAUUAAAUAUUGAAAAGGGGGAUAAUCUCUUCUAUUGUAGGAAAGUGCAUUGAUCUAAAUAAUUCACAACACCUUAAAAGUCACUGGUCAGGAGGAGUCUAUCUGAGGUGUUACAGUGACUCCGUGGAUUAUAAAACCUGGUGCGUUCCUUAAACAAGAACCUCGGUCUACCUUUCCUACAAUUCAAAUAGUGUCAGUAUCUAACACAGGGUUCUUAUCACAAAAUAUACCUCAGAGUAAGCGUAGAAUUGCUGUAAUUCUAGUGGUAUAUACUGUACGUAUUUUACAUUAUUUUUCAAAUGAAAUAAAUGGUGUAUAUAGUAUCAUACACUUCCCAUAUGAAAUGGAUGCUAUGGCCUGAAAUCUGAUUUUGAUCCACAUUUAAUAUCAAUCCCAAUCUGCAUAUUUUGCUUAAUCCCAAAAUAAUAUUAUCAUCCAAUACAAGGCGUGAUAUGAUAUUGGUACAUUUCAAACCACUAAAAGACAUAUCCUCACUCUCUUGCAUGUUGGCUCAAAGCCUUUAACCAUGUGAUCACAUCCAGUAAAGUUGAGCCUAUGUUCUUCUUGCUAAGACAUACAGUAACCUUGUGUUCAAAAGAGGCCAAAUAUACACUUGAUAGGGUGAGGACAGAAAAGAGGUGAGGAAAUGUGAUGUCUAUACAGUGUUUUUCAUUAAUAUGGAGGAAACCUCGAGUCACUUGUGGAAUAUGGCACAUCUCUAGGUGCCUUGUUUGCCUUUUCUCUCUUGUUUUUGAAAAGUGAAUUAACUGCCUUUUCCUUCGCCUUCACGCAUUCUCUCUCUCUCUCUGUUGGGACUCAUUAUAAACUCCAGUCUGACCUGGUGCAGACUCAACUUUUUCUGCCAAGGACACCUAGCUGUGAGGAAGUGGUACUGAAGGUGCAUUACUCUGAUUCUUUUAUUAAAAAAAAUGAUCUUGACUGUGUAUAUUCUACUAAUAGAACAGACCUAUAAUAACAAUUAGUGAUUAUGAUAAGUGUUAUUCAUUUCAGGUUUCAAACUGUGGUAAUGUUAUAACAUAGAUUCAAAAAAAAUCACAAUUAAAUCAACAUUUAAUUGUAAAUGGUACAGAAGUAGUUAUUAUGCAGAAAGUGAAACUUGCCAUUGAUGUUCAUAUUUCAAAACAACUGUAAUACUUAAUACUGUAUUGAAAGAUCUGAUUGCUGUUGAUUUAUUAUGCGAUUUUAACCAAUGGGCUUGUUAGAUGACAAGUGACAACAUUUGUGUUACAAUAACUAAGGUGAAACUCAAGGUGGGGUGGCUGUCUCGACUCUCGACUGUUUAUCUCUCUAACAACGGUAUAAUAUUACCUGCUAGCUAUUUCUCUGUAUGUUUAUCCAUUUUAACACUAACCGAUAAUGAAUGUAUGUUUUGCUGUACAGGAAAUGAAUGUCCUGAUGUCACAGUACAAUGGAUGACCUUUCACAUGUGGUGGUAUUAAGUUUAGGUUUAAUUGGCUAGUUGGCACAAUAGAUUGAUUUGAUUUAUCUCAAGGUGCUAGCUGGUUAGCCAAGGAAGAAUGCUUUCCUUUACACUGAUGGUUACUGUUAGCAUUUUCUUCUCACCCUGUAGAGUAGGCCGUCAUUGAAAACUAGGCCGUCAUUAAAAAUAAACAUUUGUUCUUAACUGACUUGCCUAGUUAAAUAAAGGUAAAAUAAAUAAAUAAAAGACUAGACCUAUUAGAGAGCUUUACGCUUACACACUGACAAGAUGAAUCACUGGAAGACAUUGAUGUUUUAAACCCAUUUGUCUGACUUGGAGUCACUUUUAUCUCUACUGAUAGCAAUUCAGGAGUUGAACUAGCCAUAACACCUCUCUGAAUGUAUGUUAAUUGAUACCCUCUCUGCUUACUAUAGAAUACAAUUCAGUGAUCAAAUCAUCAACUUUAUCUGCCCUCUUCACUCACUUUCCAACAUAUUUUCUUUAGAAUUAGUGAAAUAGUUGUUUGAAAUUGAUACAUCAACAUGCAUAUUCUAAGAAUUGGUUAUAUGUAAGAUAUGAGGAAAAUCUAUAUUUAUAAUGUAUACAUGGUGUGUACUGUAUUUGUAAAGAUGAAACUAAACAGAAAGAUUUUCUGUCCAUGUCAAUUAUGCUUGAGGACAAAAUUCUAGAUGCAGAUUUAAAGCAAAUUAUAUUAGAUGUGAUGAAAGUAUAUGCUUUAAGGUAUGAAGUGGACAAUAUUUAUAAAACAUCUUAAGGUGCCUCUUUUGUCAUAUUUUCAGAGACAUUGUUUUACAUUUAUGGAAAAGUACAUGUUAGCACAGAAGAAAUGUGUUAUUGUCAUGUGGGUCUGUUGGCUGCACAAGUUCACUAGUAUUUCUUCUGUUGUAUAGUAUGUGAAUGAAUACCAAUUUGAAAAGCUUUAGAAGCAUCAACGUGUUGUCGCUGGACUAAACCUUAUCUGGAACAGAAAACAACUUUUCUUUUCUCACGAGCACACAGGUAGAUUCACUUAUGAUCACUUGCCUUCAGAUGUCCCAAGUAUGAGAAACAAAAGAGAGGCCACAUUUUUCAUUGAGCCACAAACAAUGUCAUAGUUAUGGGGUACUGUAUGUGCUGCAACCGAAGUCGUGUUUACAUUAGCUAGAGAUGACGUGCGUGAUACUAGGACGUAGUUGCUUUCAACAUUAUGACUUGGUGCUAUGUUUAACUCUGUGGUGCUGUAGAUCAGAGGCCUAAUCUCUUGAAGUCCUCUGUGUUUUACUAACUCAACUAGUUCCAUCGUUGUAGGUCCUAUUAGUAAACUAGUGUGAUUGGCAAUGAGCAAAUUGUAUUGAUUGUGGAAUCAGAUUGUGGAAUCAGAUAGUGGCAAUAGAUAGUGUGGUGACAUUCAAAAAAUACAUCAAAGAGACUUAGAAUAAUGUAGCAAUGGAACAAUAGUUAGUUUCCGUCUCUGUUACAUCCUCUGUCUGUGCUUCCAGGGUACCCUCUCCAGAGUGUUGUACUUGUGUUGAAGGGGAGAUAUAAUAUCCAGAUUAGAUGGGGAAACCUACUUGGUGUGAAGUUAUUGAUCAGUACUUUGGAUCAGUAUUAAAUAUGUAACAGCAGACAGGGGAGGGAAUCUGAGCCUGUGGUCAGGGCAUGAGAAGGCUGUUCUACAUUACACACUUCCUACAGGUCAAAACUAUUUUUGAUUGACAGCACUGUUUUCAAGCACACUACUGCAGGGGCAUAACCUUCUUAUGUGAUAUCUCUCCACUGUUGUCGCAGAGUCUCCUAUUGGGGGACAGUAUUGUACAGUAUAGCCAAUAAGAGUAUUCAUCAAACAGCGUUUGUAUUUAAGCUGAUUCUUCUCGUAUGUUUUGGUAAAGCUGAUUCUUCUCGUAUGUUUUGGUAAAGGUAUUUCUGACACAUUCUCCAUGUAGAAUUUUACUAAUGUAUGUAGUCUUCCGGGCUCUUUUGCUUAAAAAAAAACAUAUAGUAUGUAAGAGGGCUACUUUGGAGGUACAGAUGUAGGAUCUUAAUUUGAGCCAGUUUGCUACUGCAGGAAAAUAAACCAGCAAGAGAAAAUGUGAAUUAUUAUAACGAUUAUAUUUAAUGGACAUUUUUUAGGGGUUGCAAAAAUGUUCUUAAAGAGAAAAUAAAGUCUGAAAUAUCAAAGUGGAAAUUACAAACUUCAGAAGCCUCUUUAAACCUCAAAUACACUACAAGUCUGAAAUAUCCUGCAUUGAAGGAAAGUUCUCCUGCAACAGGGCGAUCAAAUUAAGAUCCUGUUCUGUUAGAUCGACUUUUGUUUUGUGUUUUUCUGCCCUAAUGCUUUUAUUGCAGGAACUGGUAUGAUUAUACUUAGAGCCAAUUUGAUUUAACUAUAUUUAUCUUGCAUGUAGAGACAAUACAAAAAAGCCUAUUCAGCAAUCAGUCAUAAACUUUCAACCUGGUUGUGAUCAGACAGAAAAUGGAAUAUGUAGAAUUUUCUAUGUUCUCUGUUUUUCCAUGUGUACCAUCACUGAGGAAAUAGAAUGUAUUAUUACAGUACAAUAAGCGCUACAUCUUUGACUGUUUUAACUAAUGCUCCUCAUUCUCAAGCCAGUAGUAGUUAAAGGAAGAAUAUGUAGUCAUGUCAUAGCAUAUUUCAUCCUUUGAGCCGUGUGCGUGCUGUAUAUCACACGUUUACAUUCUAUAUUUUAUGUUGAUGUCUUCUGCGCAUAAUCUGUUUCAAUAUGCCUUUUUAACUGAAACAAUUGAUUGAUAUCAGACUGUUCAUGUGUAAAUAUUCCGAAGCAAAAACAUAAAAUACCUUUUACUUUUUGUCUGUUUUAGAAUGAUAACCUGCUGAUUAAUUUGGAGCUUCAUCAUUCAGUUCUUUUGGAUUGACAUCAGGAAUUAUUUUCCACUUAACUUUUAUGUGAGCAAUUAACUCAUCUACUGUAUGGUGCUGUACCAAAGCCUUAUGUAAAAUACUAGUCUGUGUUGAUUUUCUCUUUUGCCACUGUUGUCCAGGGAAUUCAAUAUUGCCUGGGAUCACAUGUUACUCACUUCAUGUUCAACUGCCAUGGAACGUUGUUCUUCAGAAUAAACCCUGAUACCACCAGUGGCUUCUAGAUGAUAGGUGACAGAAGCUUAUGACCUGUGGCAUAGGCUCAAGACAAAGUGACAUAGGUUUAUUAAAAAAGGCAUUGGCAAAUUUUUUGUAACAUUGGCUCAUGAGCGGUUUGACGUAGACAUACAGCAUGUUCUAUGAUGAUCCAUGGCAUGCCAAUAAUAAGUGGAAAGCAGCGUUCAUGUCCAUCAUAUGUCCAUUUCCAACGCUUAGUCCAAUGUAAUAUUUUCCUCUCAAAUUUUUGUAUUUUGAUAUAAUAAAAAUCUUAAACGUG